UUUGGCCUCCUUUUCACACAUUUCUGGGCAUUAGUGCAAUACAUUGAGUCACACAAAGUCAUGUUUCUUUGACAAUUCAACCACAGCUCCUGACUCUAGGUGGCUAUCGUGAGUUCUGUAGGUCUGGGUUACGUUAUAAAUUCCACAACAAGUAUAAAUCGGCUAUCAUCUGUCAUUAACAAGCUUCUCACCAUAUCGGAGAACAAAUAAAUGUCUAACCUGUUUAGGAGGGGGAAAAAGCUAUCACUUCUAAAUCCUUUUUCCUGAUUAUAGUAUCACUUUCCACAUGGUUUAGUUUGUUUACUCUCUCUCUCAUGCCUUUGCUCUUUCUCUCCGCUGAUUAGCUGCCAGCUCUCGUCUAUCACUGCAGAGGUGGACUUAUUUCUUGAUGAUAUUUGCACUUUAUUCUGCAGAUAAAGUGGCUUCUCUGUACUGUCUAAUACCCUGAGUGAAGGCUGAUCAGAUUAUGAUGAUUAAGUAAUAAAGAUUUUCUGAAAUAAAAUGUAUAUUUUAAAGCAGAGGUUAUUAUUAAAGACCAUUUCAGAAGUCUGAAAGUGGAAAAACAUUCUCUUGCUCGAGUCCGCAGGUGCUGUUACACCUAGCUUUUUUUUCUUCUUUCUUUCAAUUCUGGCCCAAAGGUGUUAUUUAGCUACACAUCCUGGUCAUCGCAUAGAGAAGUAGUUAUGUUUGGGUUUUUUUUUUUUUUUUGUCUGAUUUCAGAAAAUAUGAAGACUACGAUGGCCAGCAUGGAAAAGGAGGGCCCACAAGUCCCUCCAAAGGUUACAAGCAAAGGUGGGUAUCAGUGACAACCCAGGGAUCUAGUUACUGUGGUAGAUUUUUGGUUUAGGACAUUUGUUGAAAUUGGUGUGAAAGUGGAUUAGUUUCUUCUGCAUCUGAAAAUGUUACUUAAUUUGUAAUCUUCAUGCUCAUGUUAUUGGUUUAUUUUAGCAGCUCCUGCUUCGUGCUGUUGUGUGUCCCUUGAGCAGAAGGUGAAAACUGUUAACUUUUUUAAAAUGCAUGAAUUUUUACUGUUUAAUCAGCUACUGUUUGUUUUGUUUUUUAAUGAAUUGCCAUUUAAAAACUUCCAAUUUUUCUUUCUUUCAUUAUUCUUUUUCCCCAGAUUGCCCACAUUGAGGAGUUGCUCCUUCUUCUUGUGAAGCAAAUGGGUGGAACACAAAAGUAAUUAAUGUAAAUUAUGUUCCAGUGUUUCUAAACAGUUUAAGCCGUUUAGUUUGUUUAAAAACAAGUUGUUUACAAAUCCAUAAUUAUGUGUACUGUAUCUUAUCUACAGUAGAGUGUUUCUACAUGAGUAUGCUUUACAUUACAAAUGUAAAAUGUUCAAUAAGACUCAGUAUAUUGGAGCCUUAUUUUGUUACUAAAAGCAGUUAGUAAAAGUCUUAGUGCAGAUUCAUUAAUUGAUCUCAUUUCAGAUUGCAUUGCUGCUGUGUGAUGAUUCUCGUUUCUGUUAUUUUUUUAAUUUAAUUUUAUUUUUUAACUAAUAAUUUUGCCUAAUCAUAAGCAUUCUCAUUUCUAAAACAUUUGUUCACAAGGCUUGAUUUGUUGUGCUUUUAGUUAUAGUUUUAAUAAAGUUAUUUGCAUUGUGGGGUUUUUGCAUUUUUAAUUUUUAUUUAUUUAUUUUUUUGCACAUGUUGAUUUCUCUAAUAGAAUUUAUUUUAUAAAGCUCAUUCAUUAGAUAACAGUUUUGUGACGGUUAUGUGUACAGUACUUCAUUUGAUUUAUUUUUCAUUACCCAUAUCUUGACAGUUUGCAAUGUGCAAUCUCUUAUCAAGUUUUUUGUGUUUGCAAAGAGAAUCCAGAACAAUUUCAAUAAUUCAGUAGUGUCUAAUAAUUUACAUAUCCCAAGAAAGGUUCCAGUAAAAGGACAGUAAGUCACAUCGUGGGUUUACCCAAAAGUUUUGCACACCUGAGUAAAAAGAUGAUUUUUUUUUUGGGCCAAGCCCGAAAUGGCAAAAUAUUAAGCUUUUGAUGGUCUUAACAAAUCAUUGGUCAGGAAAUUAGCAAGAAUUAAACAAAUAGAUAAAGUAACUUAGUAUGGUAUAGCUUUUCCCUUUGAUUACUGUAAAUCUAUGCCUUGUGGGUAAACUUGUGGACAACUUUUUAAUUUUCUUUUUUUUUUAUCAUUAUUUCUACUUCUUAAACUUUGUACACCCAGACAUGUUCGUUAAAAUUUUGCAUCAAAUCAUUUUAAUCAUUAUCAUGGUUUUUACCUUUGCGUACAAGAUUAUAAUAGUGAAUUUCCCUGUUUCUAGCUUUUCCCCCCCCAAACAGUUCACUGCAGCAAAAGUAAACGAGCAAAUGGGGGCACAGGAGGCCUCAGGAGUGCAUUUGUUUUUCUUGCUAAUUUUCUGCUAAUGAUUUUUUGCGAUUUUGGGCUUUGCCUUUUUUUUUUUGCCCAGGAGUGUGUACCAAGGCAUUGCGUUCGCAUUAGGGAGCAAUAUAUAGGCAGAUGAGUGUUUUUAUACCCACGGCAGAUCUGAUAGUGCUGAAUGGGCGUCAUAUUUUCGACUCCCAAGCUGCGCGCGCUGGUCCUCGCGGUGGGAUGAGUUGUGAGAAGCCGACACCACCGCGCGAGCGACUGAGACACGAUUAGGGCACGAGGUGAUCACAGCAGGCUCCUAAAAAUGUGCCCAAGUAGCCGAUUACAGCUCCUCCUUGCCAUCUUGCUCAGUCAAGUGGACUGCAGUUUUGCUGUACAGGAGAUCCAGUCUGAUCAUGAAACCCUCAUGAAGAUCAGUGCUGCAGGGGAAAUGAUGAGAUGCUCUGCAGCUAUGGAUGUCCUCUUUUUGAUGGACGGCUCGUACAGUGUUGGGAAGGGCAGCUUCGAGAGAUCCCGCCACUGCGUACUGAAACUGUGUGAGGCUCUGGACAUCGGCCCAGACACGGUGAGAGUCGGAGUCAUUCAAUUUGGUUCGACUCCCAAGAUGGAAAUCUCGCUAGACUCCUUCAGCAGCAGAGAGGAGCUGAGCAAACACAUCAAGAAAAUACAGUACAGAGGAGGGAGCACACAAACCGGUCUGGCUUUGAAGUAUGUGAUGAAGAAGGGGUUCCUCGGUGGUCGGAAUUCCCCCGUGCCUCGCAUCGUCAUCCUCCUGUCUGAUGGAAAGUCCCAGGGUACAGUGCAGCCGGCUGCCUCUGACCUCAAACAGUCUGGAAUAAUUCUGUUUGCCGUGGGCCUACGUUAUCCAAGAUGGGAAGAGCUCAACUCUCUGGCCAGUGAUCCCACAGAGAGCCAUGUGUUUUUUGCAGAGCAUUUCAGUGAUACUGUGAACGGACUGUGCACGAGCCUCACCACCUUCUCCAUCUGCAGUGCUGUCCCCUCAGGCUGUCAGGUGGAGUCCUUUCCUUGUGCACGUAAGACGCUGGAGACGAUCAAAGAACUGCAGGGCAACUUUAUAUGCUGGAAGGGUUCGAAGGACAACUUACCAUACACAUCGUUAUGUCCGUACUACAGAUAUACCAGUGCUUACAAGGUACUUCCCACAGUAUGUCACAGAACUGUUUGCUCAGAUCCUUGUGAUUCCCAGCCAUGUCAGAAUGGUGGGACGUGUGUGUCUGAAGGGCUAGAGAAGUACCAUUGCCAGUGUCCUCCAGGCUAUGGAAGUGACCCCAACUGUGCUCCUGUGCUGUCUUUGGACUGCUCUGUAGAUGUGCUAUUCCUGGUUGAGAGCUCUACCAGCCUGAGUCUGGAGGGGUUCCUGCGCUUCAAGUCCUUCCUGAAGCGCUUUGUGCAAACAGUGUUGAGUUCAGACACUCCUGUGAAGAUUGGCCUGGCCCAGUAUGGCAGUGACGUAAAGGUUGAAGCCAAGAUUGGGCAGCACCGAGACCCAGUGAAGCUGCUCCAGGCUGUGGAGUCUCUCCAGUACCAGAAAGGAGAGGUUAAAACCGGAAAUGCAUUACGCUACAUCACACGACAUGGCUUCCAAAGCGCCCCAGUGUAUGCUGAUGUUCAAGAUGACCUGCCUCGUGUGGUGGUGCUCAUCACUGGCACUCCAUCGUCUGAUGCUGUAGUGGAGUCUGCUAAAUAUGCAAGAGAGAGAGAGAUCUUUAUCAUCGGCAUGGGGCCUGAUAGGAUGAAGGCUGAGAUCAACGCCAUCACAGGAAACCCUCAGCGCACCAUCACUUACAGUUUGCCUGACAAACUGAAUGCAAAGAUCCCAGAACUCAGAGCCAAGAUCUGCAGUGUGGACAGCCAGGGGUGUCUGGGUCAGGCAGUGGACCUGGUCUUUCUUCUGGACGGUUCAGCAAGUGUCGGGAAGGACAACUUUGUUCAUUUGCAGGAAUUUGUGCGCAGCACGUCUGUGCAAUUUGACAUAAACCGUGACUUGACUCAGCUGGGGCUGGUGGUGUACAGCCGGUGGCCUGUCUCCAUCUUUGAGCUGGACUCUCAUGCUUCAGGCUCUGCUGUGCUCAAAGCCUUGGGAAAUGCAUCCUAUUUGGGUGGAAAGGCCUCUACUGGCUCAGCUCUUCUACACGUGCACUCUCAUAGUCUGACUGUGGCCAAAGGGGCACGGCCAGGUGUCAACAAGGUCGUAGUUGUGCUCACUGAUGGCACGGGGGCUGAGGAUGCAGCGGUGCCAGCUCAGAAGAUCCGGGACGAUGGCGUGUCUGUGUUUGUGAUUGGCAUUGGAGAUGUGCAGCGCGAGAGUCUCCUGCGCAUUGCUGGCAUUGAGGAUCACAUCAUCACUGCACCCUUCUAUGAGGACCUGAAGUACUUUGAGGAUGUGCUGGUGCAGAUGGUGUGCACAGAUGUGAAGAAGCCUGUGAAUCCCUGCAGGCCCAACCCCUGUAUGAAUGACGGCAUGUGUGUACUACUGAACAGAAACUAUCGCUGUGAAUGCCGGGGAUGGGAGGGACCGCACUGCGAGACACGAAGCAGGCAGCAGCCCUCCAGAGGAGAUCUCCCAAGACCUGCAGCAUUGAGAAGCCGCCACAGGAAGAAUGUUAUAGAGCUACAGCAGCGUUGCAGAGAACACCGCAGGAGACAUGCUAGCUGAUUAGUCAUAGGACGACUAGAGCUGGCACACACGCACAGGCAAUUCCAUUGUUACUUACUCCUUAGUUUGCUAAACAUGGAAAAAAGGGAAAGACAAAGGUGAGGUGUGUUUUUAACGUUUAGAAAGGCUUACUAUAAGCGCUCUACUACAGGAAACUGGAGAUAUCGGGGAUCUCCACACUCACUGCAGCUCCUAUUCAGCACAGACUCUGUUAUAAUUACUCUAGACAACUAAACAUAUCAUUAAACUUUCAGUGAUGGAGUGAGAGCAGCCAGCACCUCUUUUUGGCGAUUUUAAAGACCUGUCUUUAUCAAUCCUAUUUAAAACUGUUGCUGUGAAAGCAACACAUCAUUACUGUAACACUCCCGAACAAUAAUUUUAACAUUUUUAAUUUAAUUUUAAUUUUAACAAGUAGUAAAAUAGUGCCUUAUGUCUGUAAUU